AUGGCGACGCUGUCAGACAGCGAAGUAGAGAGAGUAAAGAAAUGCCGCUUCGAAAUAGUUGAUCCGGCUGUCAUGCCAGCGCCACACAUCAAUCCUUUCUUGCGUUUGGCCAUAUACAUCUACUAUAUUCUGAGUUCUGGUUGCAUUUACUGGGGAUGGAAUGGCGUCCAGGAGAUUCUCUACAAGGCUGGUGCUUUCGAGGAGUAUUGCAAGGACGGUGCGGAGAUAACCCACAAGAUUUUCUACGGUGCGUCAUACAUUGACUGCCCAGACAGGGAGGGUGGCAUAAACAACCUGUACACGCUGGCUUACUCCACCCACUUCAUCUGCUCGUUUUUCAGUGGAUGGCUGUUGGAUCGUUUCGGUCCUCGUGUUUGCUUCAUGACAGGUCACUUCAUUGCAGGGUCGGCAUGGCUUCUUAUUUUUUGUUUCCCGACCAAGGGUCUUCUGCUGCAGGUUGCCUUCGUUCUUGUGGGCUUGGCCUGUGAAGCAUGCUACAUUCCCAUGUUGUCAGUGAGCAAGUACUUUCCGACUGCGUCUUCCACCGUUAUUGCAGUAAUGGGAGCGUGUCGUUCCCUUUCGUUUUUCGUACCUACCUUGCUGGCAUUGAUAUAUCACAAAAGUGGUGUCGUAAGGGAAAUGCUUUUUGCCAUAGGUAUAGGUUAUCUCCUGGUUGCGAAUGUGUUAUGUUUCGUUACUGGGUUCUUUAUACUUCCGAAGGAGGCCCCUGUUGCCCCAUCUGAAAAGGAUGCACAGAUCGGCACGGAGUCUACUCCCGCAUGCGAAGUGAUGGCGGAUUCUGCAGCUUUGGAAUCAACGGGCCAGAAAAAUUGGGCCAUUGUAAAUAGUAUUAAAAACGGGUUAAAGAGUCCAUUCCUGCUAGAGUUCCUCAUUCUUGCCUUGUCCGUCUCUCUUUUCAUGCCAUCCAUUGAAUUCGUCAACAAGUCUCAACGUAAUCUAUUGGUGGCAUCAAGCGAGGGUGGAGAUGCUACUGGCGUUUUCAAGUAUAUCAAUGUUGCCACAUUCGCGCCUGGACCCUUUUUGGGUGCCGUGAUGGACAGAGUCGGCCCGGCUUUGGUUAUGAAUUUAUUGCACAACUGCGCUGUACUCUACUAUGCUUGUGCGGCAUUCGACAUUUAUGCGAUGAAGAUCGCGGCCUGCUGCUGUUAUUUGAUAGCGGGUUCUCUCUGUAUAUCUACGGUAUAUUGCUACGUUAACACCAGAUUCCCAACGCAAUACUUUGGUACUUUGGUGACCGUGAUUUUUGGCUUCGCGGGUCUGUCUUCACUACUAAACAUACCGAUUUACAACUGGGGAUUGACUCUAAAGGCCGAGAUACCUCAGCAAAGCUUCCGUCCCCUCGCGUUUUUGUUUAUGGUAGGCCACGUAAUUUACAUUUUCAAAAAUUCGCAGGGAUACAUGGGACUUGCCGCCAUACUGAGUUCGAUAUUAAUUUACAUUUCUGUCAUCCGUCCGAAAAGGAUGGCCGCGUUGUCUAUGGCUGCGGAGUCGACAUGA